GGGCAAAGUGUGUACUUUACAUUUGACAAUAAAUUCAAAACAAAUGAAAAAAUACUUACACCGUAUUAUUAUUAGUAUUGUUAAUGUAUUGUGAAAUUAAAUAGUUAAUGCAGAAAAUUUUCAGUAAAACAAUCUCUACCUUAUAAGUGCGACAACAAGGUUGGCGCAGGUGAAUUUCUCAACCCGGAAAUAAGUUGAAUAAACAACAAAGGGCGCCGUUAAGGCAAGUCGUACAUCUGGCAAGGUGAUUUGCGAAGCAGCGUCGUCAUGGGGUCAGGGAACAGCGUAGAGGACUUGAAGGAUAAUUUCAAUGAUGUGGUCUCCAGACUGCAGUCCAAGCAGUUGUUCCAGUCCGACUGGGACAUUGUCUUCUUUGCCGUCUUCUUCACCUUCAUCUGUGUGAUUGUGCUGCUGGGAACUCUCAUCCUCAUCCGCUGCUGCUGCUGCCACCAGAAGACCGGGCGAAAGAAAGUUGGCAUAGACAAUUUGUCUCUGGAACCAUGACAACAUUAUUAAUAAAACGUUAAUUACACGUUAAUAACACAAUCAUUUUAGCAUAGAGAAUGUGUCUCUGGAAUCAUGACAACAUUAUUAACACGUUAUAUUACACGUUAAUAACACAAUAAUAAUUUUGGCAUAGAGAAUGUGUCUCUGGAACCAUCACGACAUUUUCGCUUCAGUCAGCAAAAUUCUUGCAAAACUUUCAGAAGUGAUUUAAAAAAAAAUAAAAUCAAAACAAUUGUUGCUCUUCUCUUUCGUCAUUUUUACUCCACAAGAUGUAACUUUGUCAUUUUAUCGGAUCAAAAUAUUUUCUUACACUUGAAUGUCAUUUUGUGAAUAAAUUGUUAUCAAACUUG